AUGAGAACCGGUGCCGUAGGCGUGUCUUCUCGGCCUUCCUGGUUUGCUCUUUGCUUACCGUCUCUUCUCUCUCAGCCUGCAAUAUGUUUGGAGCUUUGGAGUGGAGACGACGCAUUCUUGUUUCAUCACGGCUUGGUGUUUCGCUGUGGUAGCGGGUUCUAUUUCGUUUCAAGAUCGGUGAUUGCUCUUCAAGUGGCGUGUGGACAUGUUCGACGGUGGUCACGUGGUUUCCGCUUCCCCUGUGGGUUAGUGCGUGUAGGUAUGGUUCAGAGGUGUCCUAUGUCGUCUAUGGCAGUGCCCUUUUGGUGCCUUCGUCUCUCCAGUGGUGGUUAUCCUGGAGGUGUGUUAGAGACUGAGCCAGGUUCUCUAUCUCAGGACCAAGUUGAUGUGAUGCCCCUUAUCAGUCGUCUUGUCCAGAGGCGAUGCAACAUCGGAUCUGUCUUCAAGUCCUUGGCGGUUCAUAGCUUCCUUAGUCCCAACGGUUUUCAGAGGCUAUGA